GCUACUAUAUACCGCACAUACACACAAACACACACACACCGCUUAAGACCACUGCAGAUUGGUCAGACAAAAAAUUAUGUAAUGUAUGAUGCUCAAAAUAAGUGUAGUAGGUGCAAACCGUGCAAAUAUGUGAUAAGCAUAAGAAGGAGACUUUCCGUCAUACUUCAUGUAAUUUUAGAACUGCAGUGCCGCCACAUAAGAAAGACCAUUUUCCUUCAGGCACAUCAACUGGCCUGUCAUGUUGAAGAAAAUCUGGAGUGAGGGGGCCCAGAUGCUUGGUUUACCUGCUUGCCAUCUUCCUGGCACUCAUGGUUGUGAAUAAGCAAGCUCAGUAACACUUCUGAUGUGUGUUUUGGAAGUAACUGCUUUGAAUUUCAGCUGAGACAAUGGCUAUCUUGACCCAUGUUUUCGUGAUUUUCCGUCCCUCCAGGCAAAUGUAAGGAUGGUAGCACAAAUUAGGCCAGAACGACUUCCUUGCAUAUUCUUUUCAGAUUUCUAAUAAGAACUGUCUUUUAUACUCCACAACGUUUGCAUCAUUCCUUGAAGGUUGUACAGCAAAGAGGCAUCCAUUAAAGGACAGUUUGAGAAAAAUGGCAUUGCUUCAGUCCAAGAAAAUUGUUGCCGUCUGUCAGAUGACCGCAAAAUCUGACAAGAAAAUCAACAUUGGCAUUUGCUCAGAGCUGAUUAAGGCUGCGAAGUCACAGAAUGCUGAGAUGGUAUUCUUACCAGAGGCAUGUGAUUUUAUUGGUGAAAAAAGGUCACAAUUUGUGGACAAUGCUGAGCCUGUAAAUGGAGAGACUGUCCAUUCCUUUUGCCAGAUGGCAGAACAAAAUAAGGUCUGGUUGUCUUUGGGAGGAAUACUUGAAAAGGCGGACAGUGAGAAAGUUAGAAACUCCCAUAUUGUCAUCAACAGUGAAGGAGACAUUGUUUCUGUGUAUCACAAGAUUCACAUGUUUGAUGUUGACAUACCAGAGAAAAACACUAGGAUCAUGGAAUCAGAUUAUGUUCUUCCUGGUGAGAGAAUUGUUGCACCAGCGGAGACACCUGUUGGGAAAGUGGGUCUUGCAAUUUGCUAUGAUAUGCGAUUCCCAGAGUUGAGCCUCACUCUAGCCAAGAUGGGUGCUGACAUAUUGACGUUCCCAUCAGCUUUCACAUUCGCAACUGGAGCAGUGCACUGGGAAACACUGCUCCGAGCUCGUGCCAUAGAGAGCCAGUGUUAUGUCAUUGCAGCAGCUCAGACUGGUACCCACAACAGUAAGCGGUCUUCAUGGGGACAUGCAAUGGUUGUGGAUCCAUGGGGAACUGUCAUAGCUCAAUGUUCUGAAGGCACCAAUGUUGCCAUAGCCGAAAUAGACUUAUCAUAUGUGCAGAAAGUGCGAUCAUCAAUGCCAGUGUGGCAACACCGACGAAGUGAUUUGUAUGCAGAUAUGUCACCGUUGAAAACAGCUGUGAAGUCAGAUGAAAUUGAUGACAGUGCUGUAUACAGAUUUGGUUCAACAACAGUGCAUGGAAGCACUGUAUUCUAUAAAACAAACAAAACUCUGGCUUUCACAAACAAGAGGUGUGCAGUUCCUGGGCAUGUGCUGGUGAUGCCAAUCCGCUGUGUACAAACACUGAAAGAUUUGGAAAAUGAUGAAAAGGAGGACCUUUUCAUGGUUCUGAAGAAAGUGAACGAAGUGGUCCGAACUGUUAGUAAGUCAUCAGGUGUUACCACUGGUAUUCAAACUGGAACAUCUGCUGGCCAGACUGUUAAGCACCUCCAUGUCCAUGUGUUGCCUAGAAAGUCAGAAGUUGUGGGUGAUGAUAAUGUCAUGCUUGAUGCUCUUCAUGAUAGGCAAGAGAGGUCACUAGCUGAAAUGUCUGAAGAAGCUUCUAUGUUGAGACCAUUCUUUUAAGUGAGUUUCUGGUCGUGAUGGAAAAUCUGGAGCAGCAGCAGCAAAAGAAGAACAGAAGACUCUUUUGCUGUAGAUAUCUUGAAACAGUUGUGCUGUGAGAUAACCUGCCUGUGGUAGUCAGAUGUAAAUUCUGAUACAGUAUGCUGUUCACAGGUCAGAAAUGGUUCCUAGGUCAUAAGAAGGGAGUGAAGAUUAGCAGUUUAGUUACCAUACCAGCUCAUGAACAACAUAUGUGGGUCAGUAAAAAGAGUUAAAAAAAGAGACAAAACAUGCAUAGAAUUUUAUAAAGCUGGCCAUCCCAAUAUUAUUGCAUAGCAUGAAGUGUGGAGGUACCAGAGGAACAGCCACAAACAGCAAAGCCAAAUUUUGUGAUGCAGUGUUCAUUAGAGGGUUGAAUUAUGAAUACAAGGAACUGAACAUAUUUAGUUUAAAUAAUAAAAUUGGGGAACAACAAGACGUUCUGGGAAGAACUAAUUGCCUACUUUCCUUUGAUACGACAUGGACUGCAUAGAAAAUGACACUUCUAACAGUUCUUCAUAGCCACGGGAAUGUCUUUACUGAGUUGCCACCAAGCAAUGGUAGGGGGAUAUACACACACACACACACUCCUCUGAUAAAAGCAUGUACUCCAUAGGAAGUGACACAUCAAACAAUUCUUCUGUUGUGUGUAUUCAUUUCCAUGGGAACUUGUUUACUGAUCAAUUGCCUAGGACUAAAAGGAGAGAUACCAAGCUGUUGCCUUGCGACAAUAGGGGGGAAACAUAUACAGACACACAGACUGAUGGGAGGGAUUUAUAAAGUAUUCCAUUGAGGUGGGCUCAGGUAGCAUGAUGAUAUUGUGCCGCACACCUUGCAACCAAAUUAUUACUAUAAAUUCGGGGAUGAGGCACCCAAAUUUCUUAUUCUUAUCCCAAUGCUGUCAUCAGUUUUGUCAUGGCACACAAUUGUGACACCCAAAUUCUUAUUAUAUCCCAUGCAGCCACCAUCAAAGUUUAGAAUAUCCCACCUAAUUGCUACCAGUUAAAACAUCUGUGGAUAGCUCCUACUCUGCCCAAUGACGUAACUAUUACGAAUAGCCCAAUAAA